AUGGCGAUCCUCACGGUCAGCGACGAGCACCCGUCGCACAUUACCACGCUGGACCCGAGCAAAGGCUACCAGCCGAAGGCGACGUAUGUGUUCGACCGCUGCUUCAACAGCGCCACCGCUUGUGUGACCGAAGAGGCGCAGCGGCUUUUGUUGGGCAACGGCAAGGACGUGGGCACGGCGCCGACCGCCUUCACAGCGCUGGAGGAGGCCAGUGCAGAGGGCUCAAUCAACCCCAUCUUGCUAGAAUGUCUCAAACGUGAUCAGGCCGCCGUCUACGGCCACGUAGGGCGGCCGGUGCUGCUCAAUGCACUAGCCGGCUACAACGGCUGCGUGUUCGCCUACGGUCAGACCGGCAGCGGAAAAACGUACACAAUGAUGGGGCCGCCAGGAGUGUUUGGUGCAACCGUCAGUGGCGCUCCUGGACAGGUGAGGGCCGUGACCCCCGCCAAGAAAUUCCGCCGCGCUGCCACCGCGUACAACGGCCAGCUGCGCUGGACGCCGGAAGCGAGCGCUGACGAUGUUAUGGACUCGCGCUUCCAGUCCUUUGUUUCCGUGACGCCUCGCGCGCAUGUGCGUACACCCUGCAGUGGCGGCCACAGGGACACCAUGUCGAUGGUGGGGGAGGCACCAUUGCCGAUGGAUUGCAGCUUGUCAGUGAGCUCGGAUGUGCUGCUGCAGCGGUCCCGACGUGGCAGCCGCUGCGACAGCAACGUUCUCUACCUGGGAGAGGAGGAGGGCCUUCAAGGCAUCGUGCCGCGUCUUGUGCGAGAGCUUUUCGCGGAGCUGCACCAGAAGCGCGAGCAGGACAACAGCCACUCCUUCCGCGUCGAGGUGGAGUACUAUGAGAUCUACCGCGAGAAAGUCAUAGACCUCCUCAGCAGCAGCGCCGCCGCCGCCGCUGGCGUCAGCGGCAGCGGCAGCGUAGAGCUGCGCGUGCGACACAGCAAGUCUGCUGGUCCGUAUGUGGAAAACUUGACAAAGAAGCACGUGGACGAUGAGGGAGAAGUCUUUCGACUCCUGCGGCACGGCAACCUGCGCCGGCACACAGCCUCGACGGCGAUAAAUGAUCGAAGUAGUCGCAGUCACGCCAUCUUCGUGCUGCACCUCGUGCAGAUGCGCAUCUCCAACGACGACAGCGCCUCAGCGAAGGUGUCGAGUAAGGUGAACCUCGUCGACCUCGCCGGGUCGGAGAGGACGGGAGCGCACAGCGUGGAGGGGGACCAGUUCAAGGAGGGCGUCGUGAUCAACUCAUCCCUGACAGUUCUCGGCCGCGUCAUUGACGCUCUUGCCGACAAGUCGUCGGGCAAGCGCAACGUCUUCUGCCCGUACCGCGACUCUGUCCUCACGUGGCUGCUCAUGGACUCGCUCGGCGGGAACAGCAAGACGACCAUGGUGGCGACAGUGUCUCCGCACUCAUCCAACUUCGAUGAGGCGUGUCAGACGCUGCGGUACGCAAGUCGGGCGAAGCAGAUUGUCACUAAGGUGGUCGUCAACGAGGACCCGCAGGUGCAGCAGAUCAAGCUGCUCACCGCCGAGGUGCAGCGACUCAAGGCGCGGUUGAGCGCUGAGGGCAAGGCCGCGGACAACGAUGACGACGUCGAGGUCUUGCAAGAGCGCAUUGCCGCAUUGGAGGAGGAGCUGAACGAAACGCGCAACCAGCUGGAGCAGAAGUCGAGCGAGCUUGCGGCCAUCUGUGCCUCCCGGCACACCUCGUCGAUGCUGCCCUCGACGCUCAAGGCGGGCAACGCCGGCGCUGCGGGCACGGCGAAGGAGCUGGCGAAGGCCAAGUCGGACGUGCGCCGCUUGGAGGCUGAGAAUCUGCUGCAUCUGCAGACCGAGCAGGAGCUGCGCGGCACGAUGGAGCGUCUCAAGACACUGGAGAGAAAGUACGGACAGCUGCUCAGUGAAUCCAAGGAGGUGCAAGGCACUGCCAAGAAACGGGACAGGGAGAUGCAGGAAAAGGAUAGACGCAUCAGUGAGUUGCAACAUCAGCUGCAGCAGCAGGCUGCUCGGAUGCAGGCCGACUCGUCGCUCGCAUCCAACCUCAGCGCCUUGUCACCACGGUCGGUCUGGGGGAAGUCCGGCGAGACGGAGUCUGCAGCGACCACCACCGGCGUAGCGCCGAUGACCCCCAUUAUGAACGCGAAUGAGUCCGGCAAGGCUGCUGGUAAGAAGACAAGGAAAGCGAAGACCGGCACCGCGCCGCCGGGGUCUCCGCAGCGUCGCGACUCGGAACGGCUCGAUGAGAUUUCACGGAUUCGAGUGCAGUUCGAAAAGGACAAGAAGCAGCUCGUGUCGCAGAUACAGGAGCGCAACAACGCCUUUCGCAAGAGUCAGCUGGAGGUGAAGCAGCUAAAGAGCGAGCUGAAAAGUGAGCAGGACGCGCUGCGCACGGUGGAGAAGAGCCUGCACGACCAGCACGUCGAGACAACGCGACGGCUGCAGGAGGAGGUGCAGGAGCUGAAGCGCGCACUCAAGGGCGAGUGCCGGAACAACAAGUAUCUGCGCCAGUCGCUGACGGCGCCGGAAGAGGCGCAACCGCCGUUCUUGUAUGCGUAUGUGGCGCAGACCGUUUACGACGAAGAGAAGUGGCGCGGUGAUGUGCAGCAGCAGGAGGCAUCGGAAUGGCAGCACGUGAUGCAGGUCUGGCAGCUCUCUCAGGUGGGAGCGGCAAAGAUGGCCGCCGUGGAGCGCCAGCACGCUUCACAGAUCGCAGCGUUGUCGGAGGCUCACAGGACGAGCGAAAACAUCGUCAGCGCCAUACGCCAGGAGCUGGAGGAGAUGCGCGCCGUGCAGGACAAGGCUAACGCGAUGCGCGAGCGCAUCUCCGAGCUUGAAGAUGCCGCGACGCAGCAGAGGGAGAGGGAGAAGCACCUACGAGAGCAAGUUUCCGAUCUGGAAGGACAGCUAUACCAAGAGCAGGAGCGCAGCAAGACUGCCUUGCAGCGCCUGGAGGCGGAGCUAAAGGAUCAGAGGCGCGCCGUAGCCACUGCGGAGGAGGCCGCGACCUCCUUGAAGGCCGCGCAUGCUAGAGAAAAGCAGCAGGCGGAAUCGACAAUGCGAGCGGAACAGGAGCAGCAUGCCACAGUCGUGGCAUCGCUGCAGGCACAGAUCCGACAAGCAGAGGAUAGGUUGCACAGCUCUGAAGAAGCGCGUAGGGCGCAGGUGCGGCGAGGGCUUGAGCAGGCGAGCGAGCAUGAGGCCGUGCUCGCGAUGCUGCGGUCGCAGCUCGAGUCGAGUAAAAAGGCUGCUGCUACUGCGGAAGAAGUUCAUCGAGGUGAACGGGCGGCGCUGGAGCAGAGUCUCAAGCAGCAAGAGAAGGCGUUCGCCUCUCGUGUUUCUGUCCUUGAGCAGGAGCUGGCGGCUGCUCGCAUGCAACUUGACCGGGAUAGUCGUACAUCUGCCAAGGCGCUCUCGGAGCUGGAAGAGCAACUCGCAGCGGCGCAGGCGGCGCACAACGCGUCCGCCGAGGCCCUUCGACUCAAUUCUGAGCGCGCCAUGGCACAGGCUGCCGACCACGAGAAGGCGGCGCAGCUGCUUCGCAGAGACCUGGACACGGAGAGAGCGGCGGCGCAGACCGCAGCGCAUGAGCAUGCCGCUCUUGCGGCAACGCUAGCAGAGGAGCUGCAGACGCAGCGGAAGCAACGCGAGGAAAUCAGCGCAUCUCUCACACAGCAGCUGGCGGGGCUGCAGUCGAAGCUGGCGGUCGCCGAGGAAGCGCGCCGCACGGAGCGCACGCGCGCUGCCGACGCGGCAGCGGCUCAGGAGACUGCUCUGGCCGACCUCCGUGCUGAGCUCGAGUCGGCGCAGGCAGCCCACACCGCCGCGGCAAAGGCACAUGAAGAACAGCUGCGCGAGAUGCGUGGUACACAUGCACGGCUGACACAGGAAGUGCAGUCAAAUGCCGAUUCUCUGGCCGCUCAGGUGACGAAGCUGCAAACUCGCUUGGCUGCCGUGGAGAGGGAUUCCGAGAAUGCACUGGGAACGCUCACGAAGGAGAUGGAGGCGAUUCGCACCCAGCUCCACAAGUCAGAGGAGGCGCGUCGGCGCCAGAUCCAGCAAUCCAUUGAGCGGGCUGGAGAGCACGACGCCGCGUUGGCGGAGCUGCGGCAACAAGUGGCAGAGGAGCAGGCUGCCAAGGCAGCUGCAGCGAAGAAGCACGAAGAGGAGCUGCUCAAGGCUGAGGAGAAGUUGUCGGCGCAUCGUCUAGAAACCUCGGAAACCAUCAGCACUCUCAAACAGCAGCUCGAGCAGGCCCACCACAGUGCACAGCAACGCGAGGCCGAUGCGACAGCGCUGCAGCAGAUCCUUCAGCGUGCGUUGGACUGCACGAGAGCCGAACUGGAGGCCUCUGAGAAAGCUCGAACGGCGCAUAGUCAGCAGAGCCUCGAAAAGGCAGCGGCGCACGAGCAGACAGAGGCCAAGCUUCGGGCAGAAAUUUCCUGCUUGGCAGCAAGAGCCGAUGCGACAGACGCGGCGCACUCAACCCGGGUGGCAGAGUUGGAAGAGCGCCUUCGCGAGCAGCAGUGCGCAGCUGCAGCGCAGCUGGCCGAAGCGGCCGCAGCGCUGGAAAGUGAAAGGGCGAAGGCCCAGCAUGCGUCGGAAGACCACAAAAAAUUUCUCGCCGCUGUCCUCGAUAAGGUCGCCUUGCUGCAGGCGGCGCUCGCGAAGUCUGAAGAGGCGGAAAGGGCGCAGGUUCAGCGCUUAGUCGAGCAGUCCGCGGCGCACGAUAGCGCGAUUCAGGCUGCAAGGCGAGAUUUGCAACGUCAGCAGGCGGAGGCGGCCGACCUGGCUGCGGCGCACGCGGAGGAGCUGCACGGGUGGGAGGCCCGGUGGCAACAGCAGGCCGCAUUGAACAAAGUCGAGAUGGAGUCCAUUCGCCAGGAGGUGGAAGCGCAGCGACGCGCCGAGGUGGACGCCGCGGUGAAGGCGCACACGGCCGCCGUAGACGCCCUGGAAGCCAACCUCAGCGAGGCGCACAUUCGGCUAAGCGAGGUGGAGGCGUCACGCGCCGCGGAAGCGGAGCGCCGUGAGCAGCAGGCCAGUGAGCACGCCAAAGCUGUGUCUGCAUUGGAAGCUGAGCUGCAAGGUGCUCAUCAAGCGAGUGCCGCAGCGGCGGCCGCGCACGAGGCUGCCAUUCAACAACUCAACGACGUCAUUGCAGAGCAGCAACGGGCCAAGAUUGAGGAGGUCGCCACCAUGAAACAGAAGCUACUGGAGACCCAGAAGAAGCUUACCCGAUCCGAGGAGGCUAGGAGACGAGGAGUCACAGAAAAAGCUGAGGCGGCGACGGCGCACACCCAGUCGCUUGACGCGCUCCGUCGCUCCAUGGAAGCGGAGCAUCAACAGAAACUGGAUGCCCUCACCGCGGCCAAGGCAAGAGAACUGGAGGCGGUGCAGAUGCAGCUCGACGAGCAGCGGGUCACGGCACAACAUCUCCAGGGGGACCUCCGAAAAACUCGUCGUCAGGUAAAGCAGUUGGUGGAGACCCAGAACUGCUUAGGCAAGCAAGUGGAGGAGGAGAAGCAGGCGAGCGCCGAACUCCGCCGCAACUUGGCAGACACCGCGGCGCAGCAGGCGGCGAGCGCGGCAGCUGCCGCGGAGCUGGAGACGACGUUGGAGCAGACAAAGGCUUCCCUUACUCAGCUCGUCUCGGAGAAGACGGCGGUGUCCAGGGAGCUCGCCCAGGCCAUCGAGACGGUGGACAGCACCCGUGCUCACCUUGCAGACGUGGAGAAAAUAUCGCAGCAGCGUCACGAAGAGCUGGAGGCGCAGGGAGCUGCUCUUGCCAACGCCGUCGCAACAGUGGAGCAGCUGCGGGCAGAGGUAUCUGCGUUGCACUCGAAGUGUUCAGAGAUGGAGAAGGCGCGGACUGCUCUCAUCGAGCAGCAUGAGGAGGCGCUAGUGGCGCAGCAGGUAGACACCGUCACAGAGAUGGAGACGCAGUUCCGGGCGAUGGAAUGCGAACGCGAGGCGCUGGUGAGCAAGGCACGGCAGACAGAGGAGGCGCUGCGCAGCCUUGUCGAGAAGCAGGGAAAGCAACUUCAGCAGCUGCGCGAAGACCUGGAGUUUCGCGUCAGUCUGGACCUGUGUGAGGCUGAAGUUGUAGAACGCGACAGCGCCGCCGGUGCCGUCGGCAGCUCAGCCGGGCCCGCUCUCGCCGGCAGCGGGACAGGCGUCGCUACUUCGAACAAUACCUCCUUUUCGGGUGCCAGCGGCUCCGCUGCGGCGGUCGGCGGCGGUGGCUUCAGCACCAUUUUGAGCUCGCUCUUCUCGCGUCGCAACAGCACGGCGGCGCCGUCCCGCUCCCCCGCACCCCUUGGCAGUGGCAUAGGGAUUGACGGUACUCACAGCCUUCCACAACAGCUGCCGCGUCCCUUCUCGAACGAUCGCGGUACCGCUACCACGCCGCUUCGGCGCACCGCUAGCGGCAACCUAUAUAGCAUGAGCGCAUACCGCCCUUCAUCGAUGAUGCCGUCGUCGCUCCUGUUCGGAAAGAGUAACCCCGCUGGGGCGGUGGCGAUGGGUACUAGCGCUGGGGUGUCAUCUGCGUCGCGCACCCCCGUGCAAGAUGCGGUCAUUUCGCCUGAUACAAGUGAACAAGAGUCGACACUGCCCACGCGGCUGGGCAGCCGCGCUCCGAACAUCGCGCUGGGGCGGAAGUAA